ACACAUCAUCAUCAUCAUCAUCACCAUCACCAUGAAGUUGCUCAGUGUGUCUCUCGCACUCUGCCACCUCCUGAUGCUGAGCCGAGCCGUUCCGCUCAACUCCUCCGUCUCCACAGAGAGGCAUGGGGGCCUCUGUGAGCACGCGAAGGAACACGCUUCCGACCUGAUCGGGGCGUUCGUCCCGCAGUGCGACGCCAACGGGAAUUUCCUCCCGCAGCAGUGCUGGGCGUCCACCGGGGAAUGCUGGUGCGUCGACGUCAUCACCGGAAAGGAGAUACCGCACACAAGGACACCACCGGGAACCGUGCCUGUUAACUGCAAGAAGGACAACUACUGCCCCUAUGGCUGGUCCCGUUAUGGCAAACAAUGUUUCGUCUUCAUCAACGAUCCGAAGACAUGGCUCGAAGCCGAGUUAUACUGUCUGUUUGAAUGGGCAAACCUGGCUUCAAUCCACAGUUAUGAUGAGAAUAACUUCGUCCAGGAUCUGACCAGAGGAGACACCCACGACUUCCCUGAAACCUGGAUCGGUGGCUUUGAUAUCAUAAUGAACAACCAUUGGUUGUGGAGUGAUGGCUCCAAGUUCAACUACAACAACAUCGGCAAAGAAGAUGAUGCAAUGGAGGAAAAUGAGCACUGUCUGAAGAUGAAUGAUGGAUAUGACUGGAAGUGGGACCCUGCCCGUUGCAAUGACAGUCUCCCUUUUGUUUGUGCGAAGAGGAUUUGGGCCUGACAAUCAGAAAACUGACACAUCUGACAAGUUCCUGGCUACAGGAUGCGGAAAAGUUAGAGUAACAUUUCCCCUUCAAAAUCAGUUCCCGCCACUGCUUGUCUUCCUUGUUUUUGUUAAACGUGAUCGAUAGAUAUAGAGUCUGGCUAUAAUCCACCAGCACCACCACCUUUCAGUCUAACUUCUGCCGCGCGUCAUAUCUUCAGCAAGAUUUGUAAUUCCAAUGUCAAUAAAAAAUAUCAUUGAAUGCAUUAGAAGCUUUAGAAAUUAUAUCAAUAAA